AAACAAUAUCGUACAUUUUCCGACGCAAUUACAAUUCAUUAUCCCAUGAACGUGUAAUAUGUAUGUUAAAGUAAAAUGCGCUUGUAACAUUUGAUUCUUAGAUUGCAGGAGGAAUUGUUUUAUCACAGAAUCACUUUUCGGCAUCAUGUUCGCUAGUACCAUAUACGACUUUUUCACAGCUAACCCUAUCGGAAAGUAUUUGAACGGAAAGGAAUACCAGUGCUAUGGUAUUUUGGUUGGAUACGUCCUUUUCGUAACGUGGCUCGGCCCAUCUUGGAUGAGAGCCCGGAAGCCGUUCGAUUUAAAAAUACCCAUGAUCGUGUACAAUUUUUUCAUGUCAGCCUUCAAUUUCGUUUCGAUGACACAACUUUACACAUUGACAAUAAAUGAAUGGGAUAUGAGAUGUUACACCGGUUCUCCAGAAACCCUCCAAAUAGUUCAGGGUAAACUGUUUAUACUAUGGAAUAUAGUUCUUGAAAAAUAUUUAGCUUUAUUUGAUACGAUUUUCUUUGUGCUACGCAAGAAGCAAAAUCAGAUAUCAUUUCUUCAUGUUUACCAUCACAUUGUCGCUUGUUUACUAGUUACCUGGAUUGGGGCAGCACCUGACCUAAUUUUCUUUAUCAUCAUCAGCAUGCUUCUGAAUUCGUUUGUGCACGUCAUCAUGUACUUUUAUUAUGGCUUAUCAGCUUUUGGAAAGUCCAUACAAAAAUAUUUGUGGUGGAAAAGAUAUCUAACAAUAAUACAAAUUGUGCAGUUUUUGCUGGUGAUUGCGUAUAUAAUUAUAUCCGUUGGUACCGGCUGCGAGAAGAUGACGAAUCUACAGAUAUUUUAUGUUUUUUUCGUCGUCAGCAUUCUUGUUCUCUUCAUCAUUUUCUAUAGAAACUCCUUCAAGAGAAAGAAGAUUGAAUAACGCACCAAUAAACAAGUUGCGGAAUCAAAUUAAUCACUGAUAAAGUGUGUUCAUUUCAUUAAAUAAAUUCUU